AGAAGCCCAGUGGCCUCCCCUCUCAUCCUUUCGCUUUGGACCCCGGUCCCCGGCGGCUUCGAAACCCGCUCGUGGCAGUGGGCGAGGCGAGCACGGCGGCGGAAUGAUGGCGAAGGGCGGUGCUGGCAGCGGGAUGAUCUGGGCGACGGCGGAGGAUCUUGCGCGGCGCCGGCCGGUGGUUCUGUCCCUGUAUCGGCAGGUCCUUCGGGCGCUAAACUCGCCGGCGCUGCCGCUGGGGCACGCGGCGCGGCUGGCAAAGAAGGCGGAAUGCCGAGCCAUCUUCGUCUUCGGUGCCGAGGAGAGGUCGCUCCACAACAUCCGGGACCUCGUCGAGGCUGCGCGCCACACGCUUGGCCUCCUCAACCGCGGCCGCCUCCCGUAGUGAGAAGACAGAGGUACGCAGAGUCUCCCGAGCCUAGCUGCUACCGAAUCUUCAUUGGUGUCUCUGUUUCAUACCUCAGCUUCCUUGCUAUGCCCGAUUGUAAUAUUUAGGCCUGCUGCAUGUUGACAAUGACUGAAUUGGUGUCGUCUGUUCUAGUACUCUGUGUCUGAAUUGUUUCUCUAUGCAUACGGCAGAACCGAUAUGCUAUUAUUAUAUUGUAACUGUUAGGAAAUAAACUAAUCCGUACAAUUUCCCAUUGUUUC